UUUCGAUUUCAAGGAGGGGUAACAAGGAAGACCUAUAACCGUUGCAGGUAUACACAUUAACUGAAAAUGGCUCUUCUAGACGUUUGCGGAAUAUCAGAAUGGGUGAAAGAGGACACGUUCAGCCAAGAGAACGCUUCACUCGACAGAGUUAGCCACUUUAAUUUCGCAGCACGAGAGCCAGAGUUGGCAGUUCCGAUCGGAGUGGACCCAGCUGAGUUUCUAAAACCUUUUACCGACUGUGAGGAUGGGGUCGAGGGGGUCACCAUUAAGCUGGAACAUGGCACCACCACUCUAGCCUUUAAAUUUCAGCAUGGGGUGAUGGUGGCUGUGGAUUCAAGAGCUUCUGCAGGGUCGUACGUUAGCACUCAGAUGUUCAAGAAGGUGAUUGAGAUCAAUCCCUACCUACUGGGAACCAUGUCUGGAAGUGCAGCAGAUUGUGUGUACUGGGAGAGAGUCCUGGCCAGAGAGUGCAGGAUUUACAAGCUGAGGAACAAGGAAAGGAUUUCUGUAUCUGCUGCCUCUAAGCUGCUGGCUAAUAUGGUAGCAAAUUAUAGGGGCAUGGGUCUUUCUAUGGGUACCAUGAUCUGUGGCUGGGACAAGAAGGGUCCUGGGUUAUACUACGUUGAUGACAACGGGUUGAGGCUGAGUGGGAACAUGUUCUCCACGGGGUCUGGUAACUCUUACGCCUAUGGUGUGAUGGACAGUGGUUAUCGUUAUGAUCUGACGGUGCCAGAAGCCUACGAUUUGGCUCAGCGAGCUAUAUUUCAUGCCACACACAGAGAUGCCUACUCUGGAGGAACAGUGAAUAUGUACCACAUGCAAGAGACUGGCUGGAUUAAAGUCUCUCAGGAGGAUGUUGGGGACCUGUAUCACCGUUUUGCUGCAGAAAAAAAAUAAAAAAUUUGACAUUUACACACUUUUAAUUGAUUUACAAAGCAAAGAUACAAUAAACACUAUGAAAAACAA